AUGGUAAUGCAGUCAGUCGAGGCACGUAUUCAGGAAGCUAUUCAGCACCUGUCAGAUAAUCCUGGUGCCAAAGUGGCCACGGUGGCCAAGCAAUUUGGCGUGCCUCGAAACCGCUUGCGGAUGCCCAACAAGAAGCUCUCCGAGCCUGAAGAACAGGCCAUUUGUAACUACAUUGACCGCUUAGACCGAAUCAGCCUUGCUGUGCGGGCCGAAUUUGUUACAGACGCAGCAAAUUACAUCCUGAAACAACGGUCUAGUAGAUCACUUCAACCCGAAGAGAUACCUGUUGUAAAUCCCCAAUGGACCACCCGCUUUCUAAAGCGCCAUGGCUAUUGUAAACAGUUGCGAAGGAAGCUUAAUUCUGACCGCCAAGCCUCUGAGAACCUAGAACGGGUCAACGAAUACUUUUUCAGGCUUCGUGAGGUCAUCCAAACAAAUGGUAUCCCGCCGGAGGAUACCUGGAACAUGGACGAAACUGGUUUCCGUAUUGGCAUUGGGAGGGAUCAGGGCAGCGUCUCAUCUCAUCUCAUCUCAUUUUAUUUCGCCCGGAGGGAACAUCCCUAG